AUGGGUCUUAAAGGCUUGUAUAAAAGCUUUGUCAAAAACUACAACGGUCUACAGACCUUGGUCGAGGUUGGAAGUGGUCCUGAUGGCCCGGUGAGUUCAAUUCUUUUUAUUUUAUGCAUUUUUAGGAGAUUGACAACUUAUUCUUGAACAUGAAUGUGUUUAUGCUCAACAUUAUCCAUGCCAUGGACGUUUCCAACGCUAAGCCUGAGAGAAAAAUGCUGGUAGGUUGUUAUCUAGCUGGUAUUAGAAUCGGGUUUUAGAAUGUCUGUUUAACCGAGUUGGAUCGGUUUGUGGAGAAGAUGAGGCCAAAGAAAUUGCUUUAUCUCUCUUUCUCUGGGAUUCUCCCGCAGCAGGAUUUGGUUCGACGACGUCCCAAGCGUCUUGUACGUGGCGCUGAACGAGAAGACGUGAUAAAUCGGAUCAAAAAAGCUCGGGAAAUGCUUGAAGAAGAGGGAUACACCGUGCCCCAGCGACUCGUCGAAGUAUUUGAUACAAAUGCGGUGCAUUUCGGCACUGAAUUCAUGGAGAAGAUCACUGCUGCUGUCUACAAUCACAUCAGCCUUCGUUUGGACAAGGAGUGGAGCAGUUUGAUGGUAUGAGCUUGGUGUUAUAUUGAUUUAGACAUCAGAUGGUCCAGUAUAACAUAAAGUGAGAUUUUCAUUGUUUUGUUGGCUUUUAGGUGCUGGUUUCGGACCACACUGUCCCAGGGAGCGCCAGUGUCAAGAUCAUGGACUACAUUCGGUCCCAGAAUUAUAAGGAUGACGUCUCUUCGGCGGCGUUUUUGCCCGAGAACUCUUCGCUGAUCGAAAUCUUGAGCCUAAAGUUGAAAAAAUUCUACGCAAUCAGAAGAAAGGUUCGUACGGACCCUUGCGACGUAUGCCAAUCUCUAGAUCACACUACCGUGAACUGUAACGCCGGCCUGGCCAAGAAGAAUUUGGGAAUUAAACGGGCUGUUCACGUCGAUGUUUAUUCGAUUAUCGACUUGGCAGAAUUGAAAAAACGCAUUUUGAUCGAUCAUUCUGUGGGAUUGGACAAUCCAAAGCCAGUCAUACCGGACUAUGUAAGGGGUUUUGGAGGUGGUUUUUAGGCAAAAUUUUUAGAUUCCGGAAAAAAAAUUUGCAAAAUUUGUCUAAAAUAAGGUGAAGAUGUUGAAAACUGUCUGUUUUUUUCUAGAAAAAUCAACUUUUAAGGCGGAAUAUCAAAUUUUAGGAAGAUUUUUUGCCAUUUUCCCUCAAAAAUCGCCAAUUUUUGUCUAAUUUUAGGUAUUUCUCGCCUCUUUUUAUGCCUCCGAACCCUCAUAUCCGUGCCCUUUUUAUUUCGCAGCCAAACUUCAUAUCGAAGCUCUCUUUGAAUUCAACCUUCGCCUCACAAAAGAUGGAGUCCCAUUACCAAAAAACGUCAAAGAUUACUUUGGAGUAAUGAAUUCAAUCCAAAAUUUUCGAUACGGCUUCUUAAAGUGCCAGCAAAUGGAGGAGGGUCCUGCAGAAUACUAUAACAGACUCUAUGGAAGAUUUGACAUGGAAUUUCGAAAGAAGUUGACGGAGCGAUUCUUCGAAACUGUUUAUUGGACACAUGAGUACAUGACUAAGGUAAGAUAAGGUCAAAUUUGGCGAUUUUUUGAUGUUUAGAGAUGUAAAAUGGCUCGAAAUAGAAUCCUUAUGUAUUUUCGUAUCUGUUAAGACAGAUUGGAAAUGUAUAGCACCGAUUUUUUAUAUUGUUUUAGACAUUAAAGUCGAAAUUUUCAUUUUUUUCGUUUCAGGGCUCAGAUGUUGAUUGGGAAUACUGUAACACAGAUGAACAUCCUCCACAUUUGGUGGACCUCGCAGAAUUCGCCCCUACGACACUCCCGACAUUCAAAAAGUACCCGCCUAGAGCCAAUAUUUUCGAACAACUCUUCGCUUCAAUUCCUCAACGAAGCUAGUAAGAAGAUUGAUGUUUGAGGGGAAAUUUUCAUGAAAAAUUAGUUGUUUUUGGUGUUGAUGGAUAGAAGAGACCAUAGUGGGCGUGGUGUAGUUUUGGGUUGAGAUUGUUUUGGUAAAAAUUUUGAAAAUGAGAACAAUUUAUAUUAGACUAGGUCAAAGGAGAUUAUGAGGGGGAUAAAUCACUUUCAUUAGAAGAAGAUUAGUGUCUUUUUUGUAUUAGUAGAAGUAGUGGGUCAUAAUUUACUUGAUUUUAUAGGCUAGUUGAUUUUUUUAGCUAAAAACUUUGAGAAAUGACAUUAAUUUAUAUUGGACUAGGUCAAAAGAUUAUGAUGAUGAUAGAUCACCGUUAAUAGAGGAAGAUUGGUAUGUUUAUUGUAUUAUUAGGAAUAUGAGGCCAUAAUCUACUUGAUUCUAAGAUUUAUUUUUGCUUUUUUUGCUAAAAAUUUUGAGAAAUGACAUUAAUUUAUAUUGGACUAGGUCAAAAGAUUAUGAUGAUGAUAAAUCACCGUUAAUAGAGGAAGAUUGGUGUGUUUCUUGUAUUAUUAGAAAUACUGGGUCAUAAUUUACUUGAUUUUAUGGUCUACUUGAUUUGAUUAAUUUAAAAAUUUUGAGAAAUGACAUUAAUUUAUAUUGGACUACGUCAAGAGAUUAUGAUGAUGAUAAAUCACCGUUAAUAGAGGAAGAUUGGUGUGUUUCUUGUAUUAUUAGAAAUACUGGGUCAUAAUUUACUUGAUUUUAUGGUCUAUUUGAUUUGAUUAAUUUAAAAAAUUUGAGAAAUGACAUUAAUUUAUAUUGGACUAGGUUCAUGAAAAAGAAGUUCUUUAAAACUUUUAUUUUCAGUCAACUCCUCCCGAAACAAUGGCACAAACUGAUGACGGAUCUGGAUCCAAAAAUUGAGCAUCUGUUUCCACAGAUCGAUCUAAAAAAAACGUCGUCCUGGGGCGCCCAGGGAGUUAUAAUUGAUGACUUGAAGGGUCUGAGAAAGUUUUUGACUGAGGUGGGUCUUUAAAUAUUGUUGAAUUGACUUUUAGAAGGAUUAGAGAAAUGUUGGAGAGCUUGUCAAAUCAUUUUGUUGGAUUUAGAAGGAUUUAUAUUAACUAUAAACCAAAAGUUUCCUGAUUUUUGCGAUUUUUUCGGAUUACCAGUAAAAUAAGGUCGUUUUGGCCGGUAAAAUGGUCAUUUUGCAUUGAAAAUGACAGAAUAUUGUUGCAGAAUUACCACCUGCUUCCUGAAAGUUAUAUCCGGCGAUGUAGAAGGGGUGAAGUUUCGAUUUUUGUCCAUGAAUCCCACCCACUAUGCCAGUUCAUCGAAAGAGCGACCAAAACUCAUCCGAAAGGCCCCAAACAGAAGUAUUGGUACAAAGCCAGCGUCAAAAAGCACUCACUAAGAGGUCUGGUGCUGCCGGUCACGGACAGCGCCAUUCACGGGCAAAUGAGCUUGAGUUUGAACCAGAUUGACCUGUCGGUCAAGGAGAACAUGGAAAAACUCAAGGAAUUGACCAAUCUCAGGAUUUAA